UUUUGACAAAAAGUCACACAAACGUCAUAAAUCAUUCAUACAAAAUACCAAAUCUGAAAAAAUGAAUAAAUUUACGAAUGUUUUUUAUAAGACUACUUCGACAGUUUCUAGAAUCUUUCGAAGGAAUUAUGGUUUACAGCGAAAGAGUGUCAGGUGCAUUAAAGGUGGAGGAGACAUUUCCCAAAAAUACCCCAUAAUAAACCACGAGUACGACUGCGUAAUCGUAGGGGCUGGAGGCACCGGCCUCCGUGCCUCCUUUGGCCUGGUCAUGAACGGUUUCAGAACUGCUUGCCUCACGAAACUCUUCCCUACUAGAUCACAUACGGUGGCCGCCCAGGGCGGUAUGAAUGCCGCCCUUAGUAACUACGAGGACGACUACUGGGUUUGGCAUCAUUAUGACACAGUCAAAGGCUCAGACUGGCUAGGCGACCAAGACGCGAUCCACUAUAUGACCAGAGAAGCUCCCUUCCGCGUUCAAGAACUAGAAAACUGGGGAAUGCCCUUCUCAAGACUAAAAGAUGGUCGGAUAUAUCAAAGGGCCUUCGGUGGGCAAACUCUAAGGUUCGGAGAGGGUGGUCAGGCCCAUAGAACUUGCGCAGCCGCAGACGCCACCGGCCACUACAUCCUGCACACCCUCUACGGACAAGCCUGCAAGCAUAAAGUGGAAUUCUUCGUCGAGUACUACGUCUUGGACUUGCUUAUGGCAGACGAUGAGUGCAGAGGAGUCCUUGCAUGGAGCUUAGAUGACGGUUGUAUGCACAAAUUUUGGGCGAAAAGCACGAUACUCACAACAGGAGGUUAUGAGCGGGCUUAUUUCUCUUGUACGGCUGCGCAUACUAACACUGGUGACGGUACUGCUAUGGUCACCAGAGCGGGGCUACCUCUUCAAGAUUUGGAAUUUAUCCAGUUUCAUCCCACGGGAGUUUAUGGUGUAGGCGUUUUGAUUACGGAGGGUGCCAGAGGUGAGGGUGGCUAUUUGGUCAAUUCCAAGGGGGAACGCUUUAUGGAAAAACACGCGCCAAAGGCCAAGGAUUUGGCUUCAAGAGAUGUCGUUUCCAGGGCUGAGACAAUUGAGAUUAUGGAAGGAAGAGGCUGUGGUCCAACCAAAGAAUAUAUUAAUCUGCAACUACACCAUCUACCUAAAGAAACCAUCCUAAAACAAUUGCCUGGAAUAAGACAAUCCGCAUACACGUUCGCGGGUGUGGACAUCCUAAAGGAACCAAUUCCAGUCCUUCCAACGGUCCAUUAUACCAUGGGAGGCAUUCCUUGUAAUUACAAAGGACAAGUCAUAACCCAAGUGGGGCCAGGUCAGGACUGUAUUAUCAAGGGAUUGUAUGCUGGUGGAGAAUGCUGUUCUUGUGGCGUACAUGGGGCUAACCGGUUAGGAGCCAAUUCCCUUUUGGAAAUAGUUGUAUUUGGAAAAUCUAUAGCGGAUUGUAUUACUGAAGAAGAAUGCCCUGGGGCAAGAGUACAAACCGAUAAUUCUUUGGGGAUGGAAACGUUACAAAAUUUUGAUAAAAUGCGUUACAGUAAAGGCAAGUACUCUGUGGGACAGCUGAGGUUGUUACUCCAGAAAGCAAUGCAACAAUACGCGGGAGUCUUUAGGACCCAGGAAACCUUGGAGAAGGGAGUGUGCAAAGUCACCGAUCUUUAUAAGCAGAUCGACAACGUCCAAAUACAGGAUAACGGUCUUAUUUGGAAUACGAACUUGGUCGAGUAUAUCGAGCUGAAGAAUAUUUUUAUAAAUGCCGUUCAGACGAUUAUCGCGAUGGAGGCGAGGAAGGAGUCCAGAGGCGCGCAUGCCCGAGACGACUUUAAGAAGCGAAUUGACGAGUACGAUUACGCGAGACCGAUCAGGGGGCAAAUGAAAAAGCCAUUUGAGGAGCACUGGAGGAAACACACUUUGAGUUGGAUGGAUGUUGAUACUGGAGAGGUCUGUUUAACGUACAGGGCAGUAAACGACUGUACUUUGGAUGAAAAGGAAUGCCCUUCUAUUCCUCCAAAAAUAAGAGCCUAUUAGGUUUUGUUCCAAUAAUAAUUAUAUAGGAAUUCUUUUUUCGUUAACAGUAUAUGUAUAUCUUAAUAAAGUUAUUAUAUUUUUAGUUCUAAGA